CCCGAAACCAGUUUUUCAAGGGGGCUGGCAUGAAUAUCGCCGCCACAGAGGUCUCAAAGCGGGUGAUAAAAUUACCUUUUGGGCAGAUGGCGGCAACUACAGCAUCCAAGCAGAAAGGAAAAUCACACUGUUGGGUCGAGAGGUCUGGACUAGUGAGUUCCAGCAUUGACAAGCAGCUGGUUGAUGUUUUUGUUUUGGGAAUUAUAAUCGUGGCAGCUUAAGUUAAAGUAUCUUGUUAAUUUUGUUUCGUGGAGUUGUGUCUGUUUCCAGUUGGGGUUAGUUAAAUGUUAUGUUCUGAAAUUUGAAUGUUUGUUGGUUUUGAUUUGAUGUGUAAUUGCAUAUGUCUAAGUUAUAACUCUACUCUUUUUUUUUCAAUCAUCGUCUUCUCCAAAAAAAAUUAAGAUAGCAAGAACAU